AUGGGAGUGCAAAAGAAGACUCGCAAGUUUGCGCUGGCCAAGAGAGCCAUCUCCAUGCGCGACAAUCGCCUGAAGCAAAAUCAAGACAAGACCGAGAAAGGCAAAGAAGCCAAAAAGGAUGAUCUCGUCAAAGAGGCCCCCCAAGCUCCUUCGUCAAUGUUCUUCCAGUUCAACACGGCCCUCGCCCCCCCAUACUCCGUGCUGGUCGAUACCAAUUUCAUCUCUCACACCAUUCAGCAUAAACUCGAGGUCAUUCCAACAAUGCUCGAUUGCUUGUACGCCAAAUGUAUCCCUAUCGUCACCGAUUGCGUACUUGCCGAGUUGGAGAAGCUUGGCCCCAAAUACCGACUUGCCCUGCGUGUAGCCAAGGACCCUCGGUUCGAGCGAGUCAAGUGUGAUCACAAGGGAACAUAUGCCGAUGACUGUCUGGUCGACCGUGUUAUCAAGCACCGUGUCUACAUUGUCGCCACAAACGAUCGUGAUCUCAAGAGACGUAUUCGCAAAAUUCCUGGAGCACCCAUCAUGAGUGUCGCUCGCGGCAAAUAUGUGAUUGAACGACUUCCCGAUGCCCCCGAAAAAUGAGCGCCUUGAACGACAUCCCACCGCCCAGUCGUCUGCCGCUAUUGCAACCACACAUGAUACCC